GCUGAUCCAGUGCUGUGCAAUGAGAGAAAUGUUGGCUGAGUGUCUGCAGGAAAGUGGUUUCACUAUGAAAGAACAGCUGGUUCGUGCAGAAAAUGCAUCCACCGGCCUCUCUCUCUGCAUCCUUCCCAUUCCCUUCACUCCCACCCACCAUCCCUCUGCCCACAACCACCAGGGAGGCAGGGAACCCAUUGAGUGGGACAUCCCGGAGGUGGUUUGGCAUUGCUGCUCCCUGUAACUCAUGGCAGAGGGGCAGGUUGGGGCUGGGCAGUGGGGCACAUUGACUCUGGCUUCUCUGGGAGCAUCAGCUGAACCCCACGGGCUGAAAGUCAUCUUUUGUCCCAGCAUAAGAUGGGCAGCCCCCAUUGAGGGCUCAAACCAUAGGGAUAUUUCAUCCCCAACCUCCUUCCCUGUCCCUUACUGAGGCCAUGGACCAUCCUGCCCCUUUGUGGGGUGCUGCCUGCCCUGAGCUUUUCCCCCUUUUUAAGGCUCUUUUCUCCCAUCAGGAUGGGGGCACACAGGAACCAGGGCUUUGCUGCCACUCUGACAGCACAAGGAGAUGAACGCUGCCUGGGAACAAAGCUUCCUGAUGUGGUUGUCACUGCCCCUGUGCAAGGCAGGGAAACUGAGGCAGAGCUGCCUCUGUCAGCAACAUCCUGCAGCCUAUUCCAGCCCAGCACCUGCAGCCAGGGCUCAGCUGGGGCUGCUUAACCCACUGAUGGGCUCCAGCUGGAGCUGGUGGGGCUGGUGGGGCAGGGCUCAGCACUGGGCCCCUUCUGAGCUCUUAUAAACCAGCAGCCUAAGAGCCCUCAGAGCUUUUUCUCCCUUUUCUUUUCCCCCCCUGACUUUUAGGAGCCUCAGUUUGGAGGUGGGAGGGUUGGGCUUUGCUCCCUGCAGCUCUUGGAUGUAGUGCCAGGAUUUCCCACACUUCCCAUUGUUGCUUUCCUUAUGCAGCUGAAGGAUCAUGGCAUCGCGUAGCUCCGUGGUGGCCCUGGGGCUCAGCUCCCAGCCCAGCUGCAGCACCGCGCUGUCUGCACAAAGGAAUUCCUUCCCUGGACUGCAUCUCCCAUCACAAAGCUGCUUGCUCAGCCAGGACAGCUUCUUCAAGAGCUCCAACGGGAGUUUCUGUGAUACAAGCAAUGCUGUGGGCUCAGAACCCUUCAACUGCAGCUGCUCCAUCCCUGACCCGCAGCUGAUCUACAGGAUUGUGGCCCAGGUGGAAUUCUACCUCUCCGAUGAGAACCUGGCCAAGGACGCCUUCCUCCUGAAACAUGUCCAGAAGAACAAGCUGGGCUUUGUCAGCAUCAAACUGCUGACGUCCUUCAAGAAGGUGAAAUACCUGACCCGUGACUGGCGCCUCACUCUUUACGCCCUGCGCUUCUCCAAGCUGCUGGAGGUCAACCAGGAGGGCACCAAAGUGCGACGUCGCGUCCCCAUCCCUGACUCCAUCCUCAACAUCCCCCCCACCAAACUGCUGCUGGCCUGGGACCCGCUGCCCCUGGAGCCGGGUGACGCAUCGCUGCCUCUGCAGAAGAACUUCAUUGAGACCAUCACGCAGAUGUUCAGCCCCUUUGGAGCCAUCGCCUCCAUCCGCAUCCUGCGGCCGGGCCGAAAGCUGCCGUCGGAUGUGAGGAAAUACACAGCGCAAUUCCCGGAGCUGCUGAGCCACCACUGUGCGUUGGUGGAGUAUGAGAGCCUGGAGAGCGCGCGCAGGGCAUGCGAGGAGCUGGGCCAGCCCUGUGCCCACAGCAUCUGCGUGGUGCAGCUGUCAGGGAAGGGAUCCAAGCAGAGGAGCAGGGCUGAGGGAAUGGAGCUGGCGGAGAUGCUGGGAUGGAAGCAGAGAGCUGAAGCCUUCCCUUAUGGCAAUGGGGAUUCACUGUUCUGCAGCUCCAUGGAGUCAGACGUGGCCUCAUCUCAGCUCCUCUCAGCGCCCACUUGGCCCCAUGGCCACAGCUUCCAGCCUGGCUGCUUCAGCAGCCCCUUCACAGGGUCUCUCCUGUCCAGCACAGCCUUCCCUCCGCUCACUGCAGAGCUGGGGUUCAGCCCCAAGAGCCCCGAUUCGUGCUGGGGGAGCAUGUGGGCCCCGUGGCACAGCAGCAUCCCCCACAGCCCCCCUAUGGAUGCCACGUCCCCUCCCAGAACCUCCCUGGCUGUGAAGCCCAAGUCCUGCAUGCUGCGCCCGCCCCAUGGGCCCGAUGGCACCAAAGGCUUCUACAACAGCAUUGGGAGAGGGAAGCUUGUCCUCGAGCACUGAGGCUCCUUUAUCUUUGGGUUAUGGGAUUUAUUUUUUUUUUUUUUAAUUAUUAUUAUUUAAUUUCCCCUUUUUUCUUGAGCAGAACAUCUCUUUGUUGUGGCCCACAGAGGCACUGCCGCUGUGUGUGGUUCUGAUUUGGAGUGAGGAUGCUCAGGGCAACAUUCAAAGCUUUCCAAUGCCUGAGCUGUCCUCACUGCCCAUAUUGGGGUCUGUGCUCAGCUGACGGUCACUGGUUCUGCCCCAUCACUCCCACACACCCUGGGGAUGAUGAUGGUGAUGCCAAGAGCUCGAGCGUGGCAGAAUGGUGGCACCAUGGCCUGAAGGUGCUGUGCUGGCUGCAUUGGUGUGAAGUGGAAGAGCUCAGAUGUGGAAUGCUCAAUAAAGAGAGGUGAAGUUUCCAGGCAUUUUCUGGCUGUGAAAGUGAGGUUAUUUUUUCCCUCUGGUGUAUUGGCUUUAAGGUGGGCAAAUGAGGAGGGGAGUUGGGGGUGCUGUCCCAACAGCAGCUCUUUCCCUUAGUCUUCUUUGGGUUAUUUUAUGUUGUUUUGCUGUAGCAGGGAGGACAAGCCUCUGGAAUGGGCCUUUAGGGUGGGUGCUUUAAGGGCUUUGAUCAAAUGUUGUCAUUGAUGUCCAUACCCCCACACCCCCCUUUGGAAGUGACCCCAUCUGCCUUUGGGAUGAAGGCACUGCACCCCCCUCUGCCCUUGACCUGGGUUUCACUGCAGGGCUGGGGAUGUGACUG